UUCAAACUAUCAAAUUUGAAUACAACCAAAGCAAAAUUCAAACCCCAUUAACACAAAGCGGGAAAAAAAUCAGAGCUUUUAGAGAGAGAAAAACAAUGGAAGAAAACACGACGUCGAAGAUGAAGACGAACAAUAAACCACUGAGUCUCAACCAACGUCACACUCGCUUUCUUUCUGCUUCUCACUCUAAACCUCCUCCUCUUGAAGAAAAUCAAUCGAAAGUUAAACAAUUCGAUGAUGAUGUUCCUCACUUCUCAAUCGCCGAUUUCGAUUCUUCUCCAGAUAGUACCAAAUUCUCGAGGGAAAAGGAGAUUACUACUCAAGAUUCUGCGGUUUUUGAUGAAGGAAGUGAUGAUAUAAACCCUAAUUUGUCUGAAGUUGCACAUGUUGAGUUUCCUCUUGAGAAACCAAAGGUGGAGAAAGUGAAAAUCCAAGGACGUAGACGCCUUUGCAAAGUUUUAUCGGAGAAUAAUGAGAAGGAUGAUCAUGAGAAAAAAGAGGGGAAUCAACAGAUUUUUGAUAUUUCUGAUUUUAGCUCACCGCCACGUGGGAAAGAUGUAGAUUGUGGGGGAAAUGAGAUUAGGGAUAUAUUGAAUGAUUUGAGUUCUAGGCUUGAGUUUAUGUCGAUUGAGAAGAAGAGAAACCCUAGGCCGGUUGACCUAAAAGCGGUUCCUUUGAGCAAUGAUUCAUUGCAGGAAGUGAAGCAAAAGAGUGUGGCUGUAAAGGAUGAUUUGGUAGACUCUGAAUUUGGUAGCGUUGGUUCUUCCUUUGCCAGCUCUCCGGAUGUGUCAAGUUCUUCAUCUGGUGUGACGUGUGGGGUUGUGAACAAGGAAGUUGAGGGAGGGACUUUGAGUGAAUCUGAUGAGGACAAUUUUGAUGAGGAAACCUCAGUGAAUAAGAAUGCCGGUAAAGCGAAAUUGAGGAAUGUAAGCAUGAAAGUUAAGGAAAAACCUGUUGUUUCUCAUAAAAAAGCGGUUCAUGAUAUUAAAGACGAAGUUGAUGAUGAUGAGGAUGAUUGUAUAGAGGUGGGAGGUAACAAUUGGACCAGAAAAGUCCAGAGGAAUGAUGGUUUAUUAGAUAAGGAGCAUGGUGAUUCGAGUGUGGUUGAGGUGGUAGAUGAUGAUGAUACUAAUGAGAUUGUUUCGAAGGAGGAUCACACAAUAACUUUGAGUGGCCCAAGAUCAACUUACAAGUUGCAUCCUAAAAUUGGCAAGAUGCUGUAUCCUCAUCAACGUGAGGGACUGAGGUGGCUUUGGUCUCUUCAUUGUCAAGGAAAAGGUGGUAUUUUGGGAGAUGACAUGGGCUUGGGGAAAACAAUGCAGAUGGCUAGUUUUUUAGCUGGUUUGUUUAGUUCACGUUUGAUAAAGAGGGCAAUGAUUGUGGCUCCAAAGACACUUAUCCCUCACUGGAUCAAAGAACUUACUGUUGUGGGGCUUUCAGACAAGAUAAAAGAAUAUUUUGGAACAUGUCCAAAGCUACGGCAGUAUGAGCUUCAAUACGUAUUUCAGAAUGAUGGUAUUCUUAUCACAACUUAUGAUAUUGUAAGGUUCAACGCAAAACUAUUAACUGGAAGUGGCUAUUAUGAUGAUGACGACGAUGAUGGCCCUCUUUGGGAUUACAUGAUUCUUGAUGAAGGCCAUCUCAUAAAGAAUCCAAGUACACAAAGAGCCAAGAGUUUACUUGGAAUACCCUGUGCUCAUCGCAUUAUCAUUAGUGGCACUCCAAUACAAAACAACCUAAAGGAGCUGUGGGCACUCUUCCACUUCUGCUGCCCUCAUUUACUGGGUGACAACAAAGAGUUCAGAGAAAGAUAUGAACAACCUAUUCUUCGUGGUAAUGACAAAAAAGCGUCUCAGAGAGAUAAGCAUGUUGGUUCAGUGGUUGCAAAGGAACUGAGGGAACGCAUUCAACCUUACUUUCUCAGACGCUUGAAAAGCGAAGUGUUUCGUGAAGAUGAUUCAGAGAACACAAAACUUUCCAAAAAGAACGAGAUAAUAGUGUGGCUGCGAUUGACUAGCUGCCAGCGUCAACUUUAUGAAGCCUUUCUGAAAAGUGAGAUAGUGCUUUCAGCUUUUGAUGGCUCUCCUCUGGCAGCAAUCACGAUUUUGAAGAAGAUAUGUGAUCAUCCAUAUCUCUUAACAAAGAGAGCGGCUGAAGAUGUAUUGGAAGGCAUGGAUUCCAUGCUUAAUCAAGAUGAAUGUGGUUUAGCAGAGAAAUUGGCCAUGCAUGCCGCACAGCUAUCGGAGGAAGAUGAUUUUCAGGAAAAGCAUGCCAAUCUCUCGUGCAAGAUAUCAUUUAUACUGUCGUUGUUGGAAAAAUUAAUACCUGAGGGGCAUAGUGUUCUUAUAUUUUCUCAGACUCGCAAAAUGCUUAAUCUCAUUCAGGAAUCAUUGGUGACAAAUGGUUUUGAGUUCUUACGCAUUGACGGCACGACAAAAGCUUGUGACAGAUUGAAGAUCGUAAAUGAAUUCCAAGAAGGUCGCGGGGCUCCUAUUUUCCUACUGACAUCUCAAGUCGGUGGUCUUGGCUUGACACUCACGAAGGCUGAUCGUGUAAUUGUUGUUGAUCCAGCUUGGAACCCUAGUAUGGAUAACCAAAGUGUAGAUCGUGCUUAUCGGAUUGGUCAGAAGAAAGAUGUUGUGGUCUACAGACUGAUGACAUGUGGUACAAUUGAAGAAAAAAUAUACAGGAUGCAGAUAUUCAAGGGUGGCCUGUUCAAAACAGCCACAGAGCACAAAGAACAAACCCGUUAUUUCAGUCAGCAGGAUCUUAGGGAGCUUUUCAGUCUUCCCAAAGAUGGUUUUGAUGUCUCUCCCACUCAGUUGCAGUUGAUUGAAGAGCAUGGUGACCAGAUUUCACUGAGCGACUUCUUGAAAACCCAUAUCAAGUUCCUGGAAUCUUUAGGUAUUGGAGGUGUCAGUCACCAUAGCUUGCUUUAUUCGAAAUCAGAACCUACACCAGCUGUGCAGGUAGAAGAAGAAGAGCCAAGGAGAAUGGGAACUAAAAUUUAUAGGAAUUUUGGUGGUUCUUCAACGGAGCAUUACGUGGAUGGGUCUCAAUACGCAUUUAACCCCAAGGAUGUGAACUCACAAAAGAUGAUCUCAUCCCCACAAUGUGCUGCUAAAUUGACUGAAUCAGACAUCAAGGAGAGAAUCAACCGACUUUCUCAACUUUUAUCAAAUAAGGCUACCGUUUCAAGAUUACCAGAUAGUGGAGAGAAACUUCGGAAGCAAAUCAUAGAACUGAAUUUUGAGCUUGAAAAUCUGACCUCACCUGAGAAGACCAAUCCAGUCAUUGAAUUGGAUGACAUUACUGAUGCAUUACAGAGGUCAUUACAUGUAUAGAAUUUUUAUGCAGGGAAAGUAGCCUCUUGUUCUUUUCAGGUACACUGAUGUGAAAUGUAAUUACCAUAUCAUAUGGUCAGUUGGUGAUAAGAGGUACAUGCCUUCUGCUAUUUAAGGAUAUAUGGGCACUGGCUUGAUGCCCUUUUUGUACAUGAAGAUGUAAAAUUUUGGCUGGAAAGAAGUCUGUAAAAUGUGCUCUAUCGUUUUCCCUGUUUGGCACAUAUCUGUGUUUGAAGAUCCGUUGCGAUUGCUCCCAAUGUGAAUAACAUUGAAUCAAUGAGGAAAUCAUUCAGAUUCUCUAAUUUUUAUA